GCAGGGAGGAAAAGGAUGAAUAACAGCACCAAAGGAAACCCCAAACAUCAAUACCAAGAAGGCAAACCCCAGCCCUCAGAGGCUGUGAAGGCAGAGGAAGCCAGCAGGUGGACUCCAAAAGCCCUCAUAGGAGGUGAGCCGCUUCCUGUGGCGGCUGCACAUGAGCACAGCCCGUGGAGGAGCCUCUUCUCCUUCUCUCCCGUGGCCUCCACACCCAGCACUGUCCGGCCGGGCAAGAUGAAGUGGAGGAGGAUCGGGAUCCUUGCCACCCUGCAGCUCCCAGCCACAGAUGCUGCAUCAGUUCUUGGCCUCACAGAUCCCAGACUCUGCUACGUGCUGGAUGGAUUCCUCUUCAUUUAUGCAGUGGUGAUGACAGCCCUUUUUGUGAAAGCAAAGCUCAGCCAGGCCUCUGAACCACAGCUGCGACCAGGCCAGGAUGACGUGUACAACAAACUCUCCCGUGCGCACAGAGACGAUUACGAUGUUCUGGGAGGAAAGCGAGGAGCAGACCCCGAGCUGGGCGGGAGACACCAGCAAAGAAGAAAGAACCCUCAGGACACUGUCUACACUUCACUGCAGAAGGACAAGAUGGGCGAGGCAUACAGCGAGAUUGGAAUGAAGGGAGAGCAGCAGAGGCGGCGAGGCAAAGGGAAUGAAGGUCUCUACCAGGGGCUCAGUGCAGCAACCAAGGACACUUAUGAUGCUCUCCAAAUGCAGCCUUUGCCCCCCCGCUAAGUAGGAGCCUCAGAGGGGAUGGGCAAGAGUGAGAGAUGCCCACCUGCUUUGGGGAGGAGAGGGGGGAAAGCCUCUUCAUCCAACACAAGCACUGUGUGUUUUCUAUGUGCAAGAACCUCCUUGGGUUGGUGCACAGAGACUGGACCUUCCCUCCUCCCUCUCCUCCUGAAUCAUGUAACUGCUUUUGCUAUUAGAAUGUACAGAUCUGUAAAGUUGUUUCCAGCCAUAGUGGUUAUUAUGCUGAUUUUUUUGGGGGAAGGUUUGUGUUGUGGGACCAGACGACAGCCUUCUAACAAACACAGCUAUUUCCAUAGCUCUUCCCUGUCUUCCAGAGUAUUAAGACAUUAUGGAAUUAUGGUUUUAUUGCAUUUAACUUGUAAAGAUAGGACUGUAGUUAUUUCCUGUAGUAUUUAUCUUAAGACUAUUUGACCCUUUUUUGCUUUAAAUUUGCCUUUUUCUUUAAUUAUAAAGAGUGACAUGAUGUUACAGUAGUGAAGCAGAGAGGCUGAAUGCCAACUUUCCAGUAGGAAGAGAAUGAGCACCAAUAUCCCAGAAAAGAUCAAGCCAUGGCACUGCCACUCAUCCAUAAAUAUGAGCCAGGUAACCCAGGUGAGAGACUUCUCUGAAGGCAGAAAAACAAUGAAAACAAGGAGAUGGGCUCCCCUAUUAUCACUUCCAGACAACAAACUGUACAAAAGCCAACAUAAAUGCAGUUUCCAAACCAGUCUCUCAUGAAGCUGCCUCUAAAAGGUGCAGGUAUCAUUCCAAAGAGACACCAGUUCAGUAAAGUCAUGUGUUUUUGAUGAAUGAAUUAAUAAAACAGUGCCCGAGUCCUGUGUGUGUGUAGGGAACAGCAGUGGGAAUGGCACGAGCUCCUUACCUGAGGCAUUCAGGCCAUCUGAACCAGCCUGCACCCAGCAGCACCAUCUCCAGGGAAGCUGAGGAAGACAGGAUUCCAACAGGAGCUCCUACACACAUCCCAGGAGCCCCAAACCCAAGUCUCAAAGGGACACUCGUCUCCUGUUGCUGCAGCCUCACAAGGCUGCACAGAAUUCAGCAAGGACAAAUCCAGCCCAGCAAAAUCAGGGGUGUCUCACCUCGACUCAGGAGCUGACCAGGCCAUCUCACCAGUCCUCACAGAGGAAGCAGAGCUAAAGCAAGGCUGUCGAACAAGAGCUGCUGCCCUGGUCACUGCCCAGAUGAGGUUAUGUCUUCUUUCCAGGGACUGGGUGGGUUAGCAGCAGAAAAACUUGUUGAAAUGGGUGCUAUGCAAGUUCCAAGGCAGUUUUACUUCUUUAGCAGUAAAACUGUACCUGUAGUAGGUGCUUAUAGCUUUUAAAGAGUAUUUACAAUAAAUUAAAGCAAAAAAAACCCUCAAAACUGGGACAUGGUGAUGAAUGUUUCUUGCAAAAAAACCCCUGACUUCCUCGAUCCCUUACUGUUCUGCAGUGACAAGAAAAAUUGAGAGAACUGGGUGAUAACUGAGACAGCUGAGCUGAAAAUUACAGUAAAGUUAUGCUGCAAAGCACUCGAUGCAAGAACAAAGAGUACUGGAAACAGCUUUCUCUUUUUAAAUCACCAUAACCAUAUCUACAAGGUGUAGAAGUCACAGGUUUCGGCAGCAUGAAAUACCAACCACUAAACAAUAGCAAUGAGAUUCUUUGUGGGGGGAAAAAAAAAUCACCUUUAUGCUCUUUUUAUAACAACAGAUACCUUAAGUUUAAAAAUCAUACAAUGCUGGUUUUGGGGCCACUCACCAUGGGGUUGAGCAGAGUCUCCUCUUUGCCUUCAGGAAGGAACUGAAGCUGUUUCUGCUUUUAGGAGGGGAGCUGAUAAACACAGAAUUAGAACAAAAGCUUCAAGCAGAGUGCAUAAAACCUGGGCUCUCCUUCAGUUUGACAAGACAAAGGGCACCACAGCUCAAUCUUCUGGCCCAGUCUGAGGCAUGGGGGAAGGGGAAUCGGCCUUCCCCUGACACAUCUAAAAACUACAAACAAGUGCAUACAUGUUAAAACACUUGGAAAAUGGUUUAAUGAUGUUUACAACAGAAAUGAACUGUACAAUUACAGUAAGUUUAAUAUAUAUAAAAAAUUACAGCAGACAAAUGCAUCUACACAAAAUCUACCUUUUCAUUCUGAUUUACUGUAAUCUACACAAUCUCUCAAUGCCUACAGCUAUCUGUAGGCAACCACUGGGAAAAUAAUAAUAAUAAUAAUAAUAUAAUAAUAAAGGACAUCUUUAAAGAGACAGCA